GUAACAAUCUACAAACGGUCCGUUGCGCGUCUUCAAAGAACUUCAUUCACCAUGAUGCAACGCUUCAAACGAUGUUUCAAACAGCUGACAGAGGUUCAAACCUAUGCGAGCGCUUCUUAGGGGUUCACGGGAUCGAGACACAACGUCUAAGGCGGAACAAGCUGACAACGCGCCCUAUCGGACUGUCAAACCAGUCCAGGUCGUUCCAGGAGUAUGUCUGCGCUCUUACGUUGAACAAUUCAAUGUGCUGUUUCUAAUGUCUUUGAACUAGUGUUUGCUGUGGUUUGAGCCCAUGCCCCUCAAGCCGUGCCAAUGCAGAGGAAUGGAUACUAGUGUCUCUGGAAGCGGUGGAAACAUGGUCACAAGUGAUGAUGUGCAUUUGGGAGGGACUGAUAGCAGGACCGUAGGGAUGGACGCGCUUCACCAGUGCGAACUCAUUCAGAACCUGAUCGAGAUCUCCAUCUCCAGUCUGAAGGGACUCCGGACCAAGUGCGCCGCAUCUAACGACCUGACCCAACACGAGAUACGCGCUUUAGAGGUGAAGAUAGUGAAGUACAUCCGUAAACAGUUAGAGUGGAAGCAGAGUGUUCCAGGAAGUGACCGACCGCUGGCACUGGACUCAUACCCACACCUCACAGACUGGCUCUACACCAUCAACCUCAGGCCAGAGCUCAUAGAGGUACCUUAUGCAGUGCCAGUGAAGCUAUCUCUGGAUGCUCUGCUGCAGAUGUCCAGUGCCCAGGUGGAGGAGACCAUGAAAAGACUGGGCUCCAGUGGUGAGGAGUGUUCCCGCAUCACCGCUGCCCUCUCCUGUCUCAAGAGCGCUACUGACACAGGGGGUGAACUAAGGAAAGAGGGUAUCCCCUGGAUUGCAGAACCCACUCAACGUGACAACAGUACCUCUGCUGACCAGCUGACCUGUUCCAUACGUGCACCUCGACCUUACAGUCCCAGCCCCAUCAGCUGUACUCCUCUUACUCCUUCUGCUGUCCCUGCCCUUCGCUCCUGCAUCUCCGUUUCUGCCUUGCCCUCUACGGACUUUCCUACAGUUGUCCAUACACGCUGUGACAGACUGACAGACCCCUUUCCACCCUCCCCGCAGCUCAACAGCUGCACAUCUGGGCUGCUAUCCACCCCCCCAGCUACCCCACCAUCGAAGCGGUAUGGCAUGCUGAUGCUCCCCCGGACCCCACCAGCGCCCCCUCGCAAACUGCUGAACCUCCUGCCCAACAUCACUCUCACACGUAGCAAGAGCCAGAGCCAACUGGCCAACCGGAUAGAGGACCCCAUGCCCAACAAAAGUGGGAAGAAAAAUAACCCAUUGCCGAACGUGCAGAUAAACGGUGGAGGGAAUGUCUGGGAGGUCUCUCCCUCGAGGUCGCCGCUGCUGUCUGCACGUUCCCCCUGCAUACUACCAAACACCCCCACUCACCCUGGGGACCCUACGGGGGUAAGAAAUAAUGUUGCAACGCAUGGAAGCUCUCCGCUAAUUAUGAGGAAAGAUAUCGGUCUAGAUGUCACACACAGGUUUUCCACCAAGUCCUGGUUGUCUCAGAUGUGCCAGGUGUGCAAGAAGAACAUGAUGUUUGGUGUAAAAUGUAAACAUUGCAAGGUAAAAUGCCACAACAAAUGUACCAAAGAGGCUCCUAAGUGCAGAAUUUCAUUUUCACCAUUUCCAAACAAGAUCAGAAGAACAGAGUCAGUUCCGUCAGGUAUCAACGACAAGGUGGAGCGGCCGGCUGAGUCUCAUCAGUACGGAACGUUACCGAAGGCAAUAAACAAAAAGGACCACCCACAGUCACUGAGUCACCUGGACUCCAGUAGUAACCCCUCCUCCACCACCUCCUCCACCCCCUCCUCACCUAUCCCCUUCAGUCACACCAACCCCCCAAGCGCCACCCCGCCACCCAACCACUCCCCUAAGGGUCUCGUUGACAGUCGCUUUCACUUCCCAGCUGCCUGCUACUUUCAGCAUAGACAACAAUUUAUCUUCCCUGAUGUAUCUAAUUCCAUUCAUUCAGAUGGCCUUUACAGCAUGGGUGUCUCCUCUUUCCUAUUUAGAGAAACAGACCACGUGGAUGGUAACAUCACUCAGCAGUCAGCAAGCCAAAAGGAAGCUGUGAAUGAAGAUUGUGAAGAAGAGCAGCAGGGGGAAGAGGACGAUCAGGAUCAGGGAGGAUCGGGCAAUGAAAGUGAAGGGGAUGAACUGGAUGACCUGCCCAGCUGCAGGGGCUACUGGAAGGACCACAUCAGCCGUAAGGCCAGUCAGACCAGUGUUUACCUGCAAGAGUGGGAUGUUCCCUUCGAGCAACUGGAGCUCGGAGAGUUGAUCGGUAAAGGCCGAUGGGGGAAGGUGUACAGGGGCCGCUGGCACGGAGAGGUCGCCGUUCGCAUGUUAGAGAUUGAUGGAAACAACCAGGAGCAUCUGAAGCUGUUCAAAAAGGAGGUGAUGAACUACCGGCAAACGCGACAUGAGAAUGUGGUUCUGUUUAUGGGGGCCUGCAUGAACCCACCCCAUCUGGCCAUCAUCACCAGCUUCUGUAAGGGACGGACACUGUACUCUGUUGUCAGAGACUCUAAACUUGAUAUCAACAAGAUAAGACAAAUCGCUCAGGAAAUCGUAAAGGGUAUGGGCUACCUCCAUGCAAAGGGAAUUGUGCACAAGGAUUUGAAGUCCAAGAAUGUGUUUUAUGAUUCAAACAAAGUAGUCAUAACAGAUUUUGGCCUGUUUGGGAUGUCUGGAGUCGUGCAAGAGGACAGGCGGGAAAAUGAACUGAAGCUGCCACGUGGAUGGAUCUAUUACCUGGCUCCUGAGAUCGUGCAGAAGAUGGGACCAGGAAACCAGGAAGACUGUUUGCCCUUUUCAAAUGCUGCUGACGUUUAUGCUUUUGGCACCAUCUGGUAUGAACUCCAGGCCAAAAACUGGCCCAUCACCAACCAACCAGCUGAAGCUUUGAUCUGGCUGGUGGGGAGUGGAGAAGGCAUAAGAAGGUUACUGGCCCAGAAGGGUACUAGCCUGGGCAAGGAGGUUACGGAGAUCCUGACAGCCUGCUGGUCGUUUGAGGCGGUAGACCGGCCUACAUUUACUCUCCUAUCAGACCUACUAGAGAGGCUGCCCAAACUUAACCGCAGGCUCUCGCACCCUGGACACUUCUGGAAGUCUGAGGAUGCAUGGCAUCACCACUGUCUGCGUGAGCACUGUAGCCAAGGCCUCGGUUCUCGCUGUCCCUACAUGUACAAAAACGAUGGUUUGAGCACAGCUGCCACUGACAAUAGCCUGGCCGCUUCAUUCAAAGAAAACAACUGAAUCUAGUUUAAUUCAGAUGUGUUCAUUUUAUUCAACAAUUCCUUCACUGCAAAAAGUAUUUACUUAAUCUGUAUUUUUGUCUUUUUUUCCAAUAAAAAUACCUCAACAUCCUUAAAACAUGAUCCGUUUACUACAGAAGCAAAACCGUAUAAGAAAAUAAGACUUGUUUUCAGAGAAUAUACCUUGAAAAGAAGUUUAUUUUUCUUGCCCCAUUGGCAAAUUUUCUUCUUUAAAGCAUAAAUGUCACUAAAUUUAAUUAGAUUUAUGCUUAAAACAAGAAGAAGAAGAGAGAAAACUAUAUGCUAAUGAGGUACUAAAAAUAAACAAUUCAAGAUAUGUUCUCUGAACCGGUAAAUGUAUCUUGUUUUAAGGAUGUUUAGAUAUUUUUACUGGAAAACAAGACAAAAUACUGAUCUUUUUUUACGGUUUUUAUUUGUAUUCCUUAUUUGUUUUUUAAUCAGAGAUUUUGAUAAAGACAUUGUCUUACUGACCAUUGCAAUGUUCACGUUGAUGUUGUUUUUUUUUUAGCACAACCUGGAAAUUGACAAAACUAAUGGUAGUUCAAUCUUUAGCAUCUCUAAGCCUUUUAAACUUUGGUCUGUAUGCACCUAUUGACUUAUACCUAAAGGUUUUAAAGUAAUUCUUGCUAAACUUGAGUUUGUGAGUUAAAAACAUGCUGUCAACUACUGGAUAGGGUUUCAGCACUUUAAUUCAGUUUGCAGACAUGGUGGCAUUGUUUCAUAUUUCCAUUUUGUGUGCUGUGUCAAUGGAAUGUGAUCUCCCUUCCUGUCUGCUUAAGUCAGAGAGAUAAGAACUGAUAUUGUUGCGAUCCACAAAGGAUUGUACCCUACAGUACUUUCACAAGUAUGAACAAAAUGACCCUUUAUUUUAACAUAUGUGAAGUCUACUUUGAGUGGUAAUUUCUUUCUAAUCUAGCCAUACUCCAGAUAUUGAACUCACAUUUUUGUCCUGAAACAGGACUGGUAAAAAUAAAGUUGUUUGUAAGAGCAGAAGGAGUGAAAAAUGUUUUUUGACCUAGCAGGACAAUGUUCAGGAACGUUCGAUGUGUAAUACCUCUCUUUUGAGUUUGUGUGUGUGUGUAUGCUGGUGUAUGUUUGUCAGAGUGAGUGUGUGAGUGUUUGCAUGUAAAGUUUUGGGUGAUUUAUUUUAUAUUGAACAAUGAGAGGACUUUUGUUAAAGAUUGCAGUGACUCUUCCCACUACAACAGACAAGUUAAAGGAAUUUUGAAUAGAGACCUGUUUAUUUAUUGUACAGCUAAAAUGUCAUAUAUUAUUUGUACAAAAUUGUAUGUUUUUGUCACAGUAUUUUGAAAAGGUACUUUACUCCUGUUGUACAGCUUUUUAUAUAAAAACAUAAAAUGUACAUUUGUAGAAUGAGAUUGUUGUUUUAAUGUUAUGUAUGCAUUCAUAUUUUUGUAAAGCUUAUGGCCGCUUGUCUGUAAAUGUUAUUUUAACUCUAAAAAAGUAAUAAACAAAUCAAAGAUU